CUAGGUGGUGGGACUGGCUUUGUGGGCAGAGCCCUCACCCAGCUGCUGCGGAGCCGUGGGCAUGAGGUGACCCAUGUCUCUCGCCACGCGGGCAAGGAUCGGAUCACCUGGGAAGAGGUGUCCAGCUCCGGGCUGCCCUCGUGCGAGGCCGUGGUGAACUUGGCUGGUGAAAAUGUCCUCAACCCUUUCCGCAGGUGGGGUGAUGCCUUCUGCAAGGAUGUCAUCAGCAGCCGCGUUGAGACCACCAAGACCUUGGCUAAAGCCAUUGCUGAUGCUGAGCAGCCGCCCCGUGCUUGGGUCCUUGUCACCGGC